AUGAACUUUAGUGACGGACGCGGACGAAGACUCAACCCCAGAAGAGAACACACCCCAACUGUUUUUGUGGAUGGAAGCUGCAAAAAUAACGGGAGAGAUGGUGCAAAAGCUGGAUAUGGAGUUUACUGGGGACCUCAGAACCCACUAAAUGUAAGUGAGAGGGUUUCUGGACGACAGACAAACCAAACAGCAGAAUUGAAGGCAGCCCACAAAGCAAUUGAACAAGCAAAGAGCCAAAAUAUGGAUAAACUCAUUAUCGAAACUGACAGCAAGUUUGUCAUCAAAGGUAUGACUCAAUGGAUAGGUAAUUGGAAACAAAAUGGAUGGAAAACAGCUUCUGGAAGAGAUGUUGUCAACAGAAGUGAUUUUGAGAAGAUUGAUCAAGCUUCCCAAGGCAUGGAUAUUCAGUGGAAGUAUGUUCCUGGCCAUCGAGGCAUCAGAGGCAAUGAAGAAGCGGAUAGAUUGGCCACAGAAGGCUCUAGAAAAUAA